AUGCACACCCUCCACCAUGCACACCCUCCACCAUGCACACCCUCCACCAUGCACACCCUCCACCAUGCACACCCUCCACCAUGCACACCCACCACCAUGCACACCCACCACCAUGCACACCCUCCACCAUGCACACCCACCACCAUGCACACCUUCCACCAUGCACACCCUCCACCAUACACACCCUCCACCAUACACACCCUCCACCAUACACACCCUCCACCAUGCACACCCUCCACCAUGCACACCCUCCACCAUGCACACCCACCACCAUGCACACCCACCACCAUGCACACCCACCACCAUGCACACCCUCCACCAUGCACACCCUCCACCAUGCACACCCUCCACCAUGCACACCCUCCACCAUGCACACCCACCACCAUGCACACCCACCACCAUGCACACCUCCACCAUGCACACCCUCCACCAUACACACCCUCCACCAUGCACACCCUCCACCAUGCACACCCUCCACCAUGCACACCCUCCACCAUGCACACCCUCCACCAUGCACACCCACCACCAUGCACACCCACCACCAUGCACACCCUCCACCAUGCACACCCUCCACCAUGCACACCCACCACCAUGCACACCCACCACCAUGCACACCCUCCACCAUGCACACCCUCCACCAUGCACACCCUCCACCAUGCACACCCACCACCAUGCACACCCACCACCAUACACACCCUCCACCAUGCACACCCUCCACCAUGCACACCCACCACCAUGCACACCCACCACCAUGCACACCCUCCACCAUGCACACCCUCCACCAUGCACACCCUCCACCAUGCACACCCUCCACCAUGCACACCCUCCACCAUGCACACCCUCCACCAUGCACACCCUCCACCAUGCACACCCACCACCAUGCACACCCUCCACCAUGCACACCCUCCACCAUGCACACCCUCCACCAUGCACACCCUCCACCAUGCACACCCUCCACCAUGCACACCCUCCACCAUGCACACCCACCCAGCCAAGCCAUACUGCUACUGUGUCAUAGAGGCCUCUGGUAACCUGCAGUGA